AACGUCGCCAGAGGCUGCCGGCAGAGAUGGCCGAGAAUUGGAAGAACUGCUUCGAAGAGGAGCUCAUCUGCCCCAUUUGCCUGCACGUCUUCGUGGAGCCGGUCCAGCUGCCCUGCAAGCACAACUUCUGCCGGGGCUGCAUCGGGGAGGCGUGGGCCAAGGAGUCGGGCUUGGUGCGGUGCCCGGAGUGCAACCAGGCCUACAACCAGAAGCCCAACCUGGAGAAGAACCUGAAGCUCACCAACAUCGUGGAGAAGUUCAACUCCCUUAACCUGGAGAAGCCCCCCUCUGUCUUGCACUGCGUCUUUUGCCGCCGAGGCCCGCCACUGCCGGCUCAGAAGAUCUGUUUGAGGUGCGAGGCCCCGUGUUGCCAGUCCCACGUCCAGACCCACCUCCAGCAACCCUCCACGGCCCGGGGCCAUCUCCUGGUGGAGGCAGACGACGUCCGGGCCUGGAGCUGCCCCCAGCACAACGCUUACCGCCUGUACCACUGCGAGGCCGAGCAGGUGGCCGUCUGCCAGUUCUGCUGCUACUACAGCGGGGCCCACCAGGGACACUCGGUCUGCGACGUGGAGAUCCGCCGCAAUGAGAUCAGGAAGAUGCUGAUGAAGCAGCAGGACCGCCUGGAGGAGCGGGAGCAAGACAUCGAAGAGCAGCUCUACAAGCUGGAAUCGGACAAGCGGCUGGUUGAGGAGAAGGUGAGCCAGCUGAAGGAUGAGGUGCGCCUGCAGUACGAGAAGAUGCACCAGAUCUUGGAUGAGGACUUGCGGAAGACCAUGGAGAUCCUGGACAAGGCCCAGGCCAAGUUCUGCAACGAGAAUGCAGCCCAGGUCCUGCACCUCAACGAGCGCAUGCAGGAGGCCAAGAAGCUCCUCAGCUCUGUCCAGGUCAUGUUCGACAAAACCGAGGACAUCAACUUCAUGAAGAACACCAAGUCUGUGAAAAUCUUAAUGGACAGGACCCAGAACUGUACAGGUGGCAGCCUGCCCCCACCCAAAAUCGGCCACCUCAACUCCAAGCUCUUCCUAAACGAGAUCGCCAAGAAGGAGAAGCAGCUCAGGAAGUUGCUGGAAGGUCCUCUGAGCACCCCUGUCCCCUUCCUGCAGAGCAUCCCCAUGUACCCCUGCACCGUCAGCAACUCCGGCGCGGAGAAGCGCAAGCACUCCACCGCCUUCCCUGAGGGCAGCUUCCUCGAGCCAUCAUCUGGGACUGUGAGCGGCCCGCAGCCGGUGCACUCGGGCUCCGUCUUCAACCCAUCUCACUACCCCAACACCACGUCAUCUCAGCAGUCUGUGCUCUCCCAGUACGGCGGGCGCAAAAUCCUCGUCUGCUCCGUGGAUAACUGUUACUGUUCCUCCGUGUCCAACCACAGCGGGCACCAGCCCUACCCACGGUCGGGGCACUUCCCCUGGACGGUCUCCUCGCAGGAGUACUCCCACCCGCUGCCGCCCGCCCCCGCCGUCCCCCAGUCGCUCCCAGGACUUGCCGUGAGGGAAUGGAUUGACGCAUCCCAGCAGCACGGGCGGCAGGAUUUCUAUAGGGUCUACGGCCAGCCAUCGGCGAAACACUACGUCACCAGUUAACCAUCACACUCUCCGGAGAGUCCCGCUCGAUGACACGUUCGGAGAGAAAAGUCUGGUUUGGUUUGGCUUUUCUUUUUUUUUU